AUGAUAAACCGCAUCCUCCUAAUAUUCGUCGACACUCUGGCUAAGAUGAAAAUCUAUGUUGAUUUUGGUGAAAAAGCAACAACUAUUAUUCCAGCUACAAAAAAUGCUACCGAAAUACUUGAGAAAAUCAAAUCAGUUCUUCAACCAGCCGCUGAUUUGCUAGUGACUUAUUAUGACGACGAUAUUAAAAAACAUUGUAUUUUUCAUAGUUAUGAACAAAUUGAAAAUCAACAGAUUGUGGCAAUGGAAGUAAAGUUGUCUAGUAUAUCCAGAACAGAUGAAACAUCAAAAGUUAAUGAUAAUAUGUUGAUUGAUGUAACUGAAGAACAACUAACUGCUGAGCCAUCUAAGAUUGUUAUUUUGAUCACAAUUCAAAUGAUCCGUUCUCCAUUAAAAUCAUUAACACCCAAUUCAAAAACUUCAUCAAAACGUGUAAAAUCAAAUUAUUCUGAAUUUUCAUCACCAAAUUUCAAAUCAUUCAUUAAACAAACCAUUCAAAAACCAAAUAAUUACGUCGAAGAUUUUGAUGAUUCAAUAAUAAGUUCAAGUACCGAUUCAUUUUCAUCACAUCAUUACAAUUAUUCAUCGAUCAAAAAACAAAAUCUAAUUUAUCGACAACCGGUAGUGAAUAAUAAUAAUUUAUAUAGAUCACAAGAAUUUCCAACAGCUAAUUCUAUGAUGUAUGAAGAAGAAAAACCAAAUAAUAGAGAAUCGUCUUUACAAUUUAAUAAAGGAAUAAUUCAGUUGAGUCUCGUAGCAAAUGAAAAUCUAUUGACGUUGCAUAUUGUACAAGUGAAAAAUAUUGAAACAAAACGUAGUUUACGAUAUUCAAAUAUCCUCGUUAAAAUUACGAUUAUUCCUGAUGAAAAACCGUUGGAAUGUAAUACACGUGUUAUUCCCAAUUUGAAUAAUAAUCCAACAUUUAAUGAAAAAUUUUCUUUCGAAUUAACUGAUGAUGAUUCAAAAAAACGUAUUUGUUUAUCUGUUUACGAGUAUAAUGAAAAUGAUAGUGCUACCCAACUGCAUGGAUGUUUAUCGUUUGGGAUAAAAAAUUUGUUAAAAAAACAAAAAGUUCGUGGUUGGUUUUAUUUGUUACAAGAUGAUGUGGGAAUAUUUCGUCAUAGAAAAGUUAUUGAACAUGUCGAAAAACAUGUAUCAACAAUAAAUCGAGAUGUUUUAAAUAUGGAAGAACUUCAAAUUACUGUACCACGUGGUCAAGAAAGUUUUGGUUUUACAGUGGUUGGUCAAUGUCCGACUUUUGUUGGUCGCGUUGAUAGUGAUAGUCCUGCUGCUCUAUGUGGCUUGAGAGCAGGAGAUUAUAUUGUGAAAAUAAAUGGAAAGAACGUCUCACGAGCACAAAAAGAUACGGUAUCGCAUUUAAUCAAAAAUUUACGAAAAGCCGUUACGCUCGACAUUCACCGUCCAUCAUCAUCGAUUUCUACAAAUUCGAAUCGUGAUUUAUUAUCGUUACUAUCAUCAACGGGAACCGCCUCUGCCUCAACGGAAUCAUCUACCUGCUCUGAAUCAUCAUAUUCCCGUUCUUUGUCGUCGUAUGUUAGUGAUCGAUAUCAUCAACAUAAACAGUCACAUGUACAAACACAAAAACGUGCAUUUGUUUCCUUAGGUCAAUUAGGUCAUUACGUUGAACGAAAACCUUUAAAUAAACCGUCCACUCAAGCAAUAUUCGAAACAAAUAAUUCAUCAAUUUUGGCUCAUAAAGGUUCUCCCACAGUUACAUUGGUUUAA